UUUUGAAUGCCGAAAAAGGAACAACCGAAAUGGGUGGAAAGCCACCUUGCCUCCUAUAUAUAUAUUUAGAACACACAGCCAAAGUUGGGUAUAGGAGCGGCACUUUACCUAAUUGAUAUUUCGAUUUAUUCGGUUUUUGGAACUUUGGUUCUUUUGUUUUCGUCCGUCCGUCAAUCUGUCAAGGUGUUCGUGGUAGUAGGUCACGUGCUAGCAUCGUCGGCAGUAUUGGCACUUAUUCCCAGUUCCAAUGCAGGCUUUCACUUUGACACACAGUAGGAGAGAAUUGUUUGUGAUUUUCGAGAGAAUGUCUCGCCGGUGUGGUGGUAGAAUCUUAUCAGCUCGGUUGUUUUUUUUUUUUUGGUAGAGCGUUGAGAUAGCGUGGCUUCUUGACUCGCGAAGGUGCCUGGCCGUAGUAAACCAAGCACGAAAUUGGAUCCCCGCGAUGGGGGAAGGUGCGGCCAGCGGAAGCACGGGAGGUGGAGGGAUCUAAUUCGAUACGAAGCUAUUUACGUGAUUGUACUGGAGUGCCCCCUGAAUGAGUGCGAGGGCAUCUGUUUUUCCGUGUUUUCAAAAAUUACCGUCCACGAGGAUCCGGCUCAUUCAGCAGUAUUUGGAUGACGUUAGACCGAAGUAGGCGGUUCGGUGCGUGGCGAUGGAAAUGCGGUGUGCAUAGCGCGGUUCAAUUCUCAAGUGGCAAAUCGUGCUCCAUCUAAUCAAGAGACGCUAAAUGAUCAUGAAGUGCGCGCUUUGCCCGUGAGCAAGAGAGAGACGGCCCGAGAGGUAUCUACUGCCAUCUGAGUGGACCGAAAUUGUGCAAAAUUUCGCCAGAUAGGCGCAGUAAGGCCCCGGUUCUACUCGUCGAAGGGUCGCUCGACGGGCGAAUGUGUGAAAGUGUCGCGGGUGUUUUUUUUCGCGAAUGUGACAGCUCGCGGAACGAGUGAUUUAUCGGCGGUUUGUUUUCGUUGGCAACGCGGGCGGCGUCGACGGCGCCGGUAUACUAGUGUAAACAAACCCAUCAACUGUCAAAAGAUUGAAGGGAGGAAAAGGGUUGAAUCCGUUUGUGCAAAAUGUUAAAAUGCGCAAAUCGUGCACGAAGUAAUGAUAUCGUAGACAACCGGGAGUUGCGCAAACGGUCGGUGUGUCGUCUAGAGUGUCGCCAGCCGCGGUAGUGUUGGUGAGAGAUAGAGAAGAUUGUUUUGUUUUAUUUGAGAAUACCCGGUUCGAGGUACAAUUUAUAUUGCACACAUAUGUUUUCGUAAUUUAGCGGCGUCCCGCUCGCUCUAUCGCGCUCGCUCACUUGUUCUACUCGGUGCUACUAGCAGUGUUCGCGUAUCAAUUGCGAAUGGAGGUAACUUCUGCCGUCAGGAAAAACGGACAGUGGGCGCUGUCGGAGACGAUUUACACAUUGAUAAAAACGGAAAUCUUCGAUUUGAGACACAACGAUGAAGUGCACCUCGUGCGUCAGUAGCCAGCCGAGAAGCGACGACGACGACGAAGUGAUAGCCAGUUCCACUAGAACCAUGAACAAGAUCGAAGAGGAAUACCGUGUCGAGUCGCCACCCACACUUCCGGAACGUGCCUUGACCUCGAGGGGUCCUCCUUCGGUUUCUAUCAUCGAAGUUCCACCCGACUACCGGGGAGAAUCUUCACGAGUCUACGACAUCGCCCUGGAUAAACAACACAGCCCCAGCCCAAGCAGCAGCUCGCACCAUCAACGCCCUUUGGACGUCAUUGCCGAGGAAUCCAGCGAUGUAAGUGAUUCCGAAAACAGACCAUCACCCCCAAAACCGGAUCUCUGCUUCCCGCGACCGAAGGCACGCUUCAAAAAGGCCAAAUCACGAAACCUGCUGAAGACACUGCUUCAACCGAAGCAGGAACAAACAACCUGCGUCCUCGUGGACGCCAAAAUCGCCGAAUCAGCCCCGGAGGAAUACCGCAGUGUCUGCACAACGGAAGUCGUCCCCGAGGAAAUCCUCGAGGUGGAGGUCAUCGAUCUCGGGUCGAAUUCGAGCAGUUUAGCCGACCUGACCGACAUUGAAGACCUUGACGAAGAUCAAUCGCCGGUAUCUGAAUCGCAACCCGCCCCGAAUGACGUCGUGGAAGUUCAACGUGAUCAAGAUAAGAUAAACAACAAUGGCAAGAUUGACAGCGGUGGCGCUAAUGAGUUCCGCAAAACGUCUUCACCACCACCGCCGAAUCGCGAUGAUAAUGACAAUGAAAUCGAUUUUCAAUCGGAUGCAACAACGUCUGAAACCGUGGAAAUAGGAACGGUGGCGGAAAUCGAGGAGGAACAAGAGCAAGUUUACAGCGAGGAAGACAACAACCAUUACGCCGACGACGACGACGACGUCGGUGGCAACAAUCGUGAGAGCAGAAUUUUCACGCAGCCGCACGCAGUUAUGCAGAAUGAUGAUGACGAUGACGGUGAUGAUACUAGUGACAGUCACGAAAAUGAUCGCAACAAGUCGGAUUGGGAGUACGACGACGAACGCACCGGCACUAGUCUACUCGCGGGUGUUGAUCGUGCUGGCGUCGUGACGCAGCAUCGGAAUGUCAUCGAGGUGAAAGAGUGCAUCGCUACGACCGAAGGCGACAAAAACGAUUCAAUCGAUUGUUGUGUGACUCAUCGUCCCAGCAGUAGUGAUACGAUCGAAGAUCGACCGGUGAUCGGGGAUUCCGGUGGGGUUCAUCCCAAAACAAUCGAAAUGACAGAAGAAACUGAGCAAGUGCCAAAACCGCCGCCUAUUCCUUUGCGGCCGCCGCCGCCACCGCCGUCUGCCAUUGCUGCGCCCACUGCGACGGCGGUGACAGUUGAACCAUUGCCACCGCCCGCCGUGACUAAUCUAGGUCGAGACGUCGUAAACGAAGACCUAGAAAGUGCUACCAGUGACGGUUCUACUGUGGCGUGCGAAAAUGGUCAAAUUCAUAGUGGCAGUGAUACUGGUGAAGCUGAUUAUUCAAAUGCUGAUCAGAAUAGUGCGCAAGAUAGUGUCGAUGCAGUAGCGGUCGAGAGAGCCGCCGACGAUAGUGAGUCAAGUGUUCUUUUGAAAUUUCUACAAGAUUCGCAGCGGCCACCGCCAUCAGCGGAAGCCAGUGUGGAAAAUCGUCCCACUUUCGUCGAAAAGCAGCAGCAAAAUUUACCAGCGGUGACGACCAAAAUAGAACGUGCGGUAAAAAGCGACCAGUUGAAUUAUGAAAUCGUUCAAGAUCAUCGCGUGCUGAGGGAAGAAACUGUGACCACCGCUACCCGCACUGCUUCCUCAAGCUCCUCCACCGCUACUACAGGUGAGGUACUUCUACGGCGCCGGGGAAGUCAACCAUCCGAAUCCCAGGCCAAGGAACACUCGCCGGAACAGAGGGCCGCCCUGGUGCACGAUCUACGCAACGAAAUUAGCCGCAUCAAGGACGCCGAGCUGCAGGAAGAGUUUCGCAAGCUCGAACUCGAAGCGGCUCGAAUCGAAGAGGAACUCGGACAAAUGGCUACCAUGAUGCCAAAGAUGGCACAUGCCACCGCUCCUCCCCCUUCAACGGAAAACCUCACCUACUACGUUUCCAAGCAGAACGACUUUGCGGUGGAACGAACGGCUGCACCACGCAACAAGCCACCGCCACCUGUUGCAGCUGCACCGAAACCUUCCUCCAACAGUGUUGCCAAAUCCUCCUCCAACGAUCAGCUCUACAGCGAAUGGCAGCAAAAGAUGGAAGAACGUGAAACACGCCGCCUGCACAAAGUAAUCAAUGUUACCAAAACUUCCAACGAACCCUCCUCGGAACCCAUCCCGCUUCCUCCACCCCCACAAACGACUUCGACCCCACCGGAAGACCCCACCCUCGAAGACGAGUAUCUGAGAAAAGUCAAAGAUCGCCGCCGGAAGUUUACCAUCCCAGGUAGCGACGGUGGCAGUAGCGAUUAUGACGAUAGUCCUUCAGCUCCGAACAGCACCCCGGCGACGCCGAUUGCCAGUCGGAAACCGAUUCCCAAACAUAUCGAGGCGGAGUUUGCCAACUUUGCCGAAAUUCGCAAACGGCAACAGGACGAGGAGAAGAAGGAGGAGGAGCUUCGCAAAAGGCAGCAACAACACAACGACGUGGACGACGCGAUGAACAACAUGAAGAACAAAGCUGCUGAAAGUCAUCAGCAGCAACUGCAGCACCGGUCGCGUCAGACUGUAAAUCAAACGAAAAGCAUCUUCCACCAACCUCCGGCGGCGACCAACGGCAGUAAUAACAACACGACCAGCAGUGUUGCCAGCUCGGUGGCGUUGAACGGUGGCACCGCGGAAGAAAGUGUCAAAGUGAGUGCCCUGAUCGAAGUGCAUCAGCAGAAGCAGCGGGAGCUGAUUCGGCAGGACAGUUACAAAGCGGCGGUAAGAAGUGUUGCAAGUUCGGCGGAGAACCUCUCCAAGCUAGAAGCGAAGGAAGAGGAAGAACCGCCCGCUCCGGUGUCCGUUAGUGCCAAGUGUCAAGAGUUUGAACGUAGGCUUCAGCGUAGUGCUAGUUGUGAUGGUCGAAAGCCGGAUGCCAGCAAGCAACCGCAGCAGAAUGGCUCGUCUAGCUUGAAAAUUUGUGCCAGUGCUGCCGGUCAGCCAGGGGUCAAACAUGCUGCUACUGGUGGUGGAUCAACGGCAGCUGAUGGCCGAAGCCGCAUCGGCGUUUGGUCACCGCACAACCGUUCGACCGAGGUUCUCACCAAAGCAGAACUAGCCGAACGAAGCAAACCCGGCAGCAACGGUGAAGCGGUGCAACCCGUGUGGACACCCCGUAGCGCCCCGCCAUCCCCGGUCAGCGAACGCCGCGAGUUCCGCCCGAUCGGAUUCGAAUCUCCCACACCGACGCGACGGAUCCUUCAACCGCCUUCGUCCCGUGCCGAAACGCCACAAGUGCCUGCCCCGUGGACCACAUCCUCCGGCUACGAGAGACCGGUUGAGUUCAGCUCCACUCCACCGACAGCGGCACGACCCUCGGCCGAAGGUCCCCCACCACCGUCUGCGGAAGGUCUUCGAAGACACCAGCACCCACUGCAAACGUCCAGCUCACUGCCCACCAUCGGACCACGGGACGGCUGCGUUACGCCAACCCACACCGUCCGGUUUGCACCCCACUCGAAACCGGCUGCGGCGGCACCGGCCAGUCCGACCAUCAAUACGAUACUUAAGAACAAGGAUGGCAAAGUCAGUCAGCAGGUGAGCGCGUUCGAAUCUGCCACAGGCCAUCAGCAGCAGCAGCAGCAACAGUCCAAUGUCUACCAGACAUCGACCAGCCGUACCACAGUCACUCAGCAGCAGCAGCAGCAACAUCAGUAUCAACGGAGCAGUAGCGGAACCCGAUUGGGUGGAAGGACAUCGGAAAUAAGUACGCCGAUCAAAGUGGAGUAUCUCAGCGAACCGGAAUCAUCGGACAACACCCGGUGGACGGUGAUGGCACAGCUGUCGCCGAAGAAGCACGACGGCAUCGGGCCGACGACCAGGGAGGGGAUGCCCCUGACACUGAGAUCUGAAGUGGACGAAAUCAACCAAGCCAAGUGGUACAAAAAGAUGUACCAAACCCUGCACAAAGCACGUAACGACGAUGACUUCGUGACUGUACGAUACAAAACACGCCGAGGAAACUUCCCGUACAAAACCAGCGGCUACCAAUCGGAACCGGAGCCAAACUACGACUCCGAUUACACAAUCAAGUACAGUACCCUCGAUCGGAGACGAACGCCGUUGAAUCCCAACAACUACUCCAAAUUCAACACGCUUCAGGGAUCGGCCAUCAGGUCCGGAACGCAGCAGUACCGGAAUCAACCGGGCCGGAUCGAGAACUACACUCCCGGACGGUCGUCCAUCUCGGAGAAGGAAUCCAAAGAGUGGUGGGACGAAGUAAUGGAUAUCUUCAACGGGCAGCUGGAACAGCAGAAACUCAGUACCAGUAAGACGUACACGGAAGGAAAUUUGUCCAGAGCCCUCAGCAAGGAACAGGGUGGCUACGACAGCGACACGACGCUGAUCUUCCGCAAGAAGGAAGUCCCGACCAGUGCAGCCCUGAGCCCCAUCGAACAGAAACAGUACUACAAGAAUAUGCAGGCAGGCGGUGAAAUCCCUGUCCAAGGAUUCCGCAAGCCGGCACCCGAAAAGCCCAAAGAUGGCGACAGCGAACUGCAGGUCCAGAUUCAGGAGGUUCUCCCUACCAUGGCAACCAAUCCAUUUCUGGUUCCACCGCAGGAGAUCACCUGCUAUCCGAUCACCAGCAUCUCACGUCCGCUAGACAUGUUCGGGCCGUUUCCGAGGGAGGUCAGAUCGUUUGUACCGGUGGCACCACCUGCACCUCCGAAUCGCAAGUCUUCCCGCAGCAACUCCACGUUGCGGAUCAUGUCCCAAAUCAAGACCAAAAACUACGACAAGAAAACGGUUGUGGAGACCAGCAGCAGCAGUGGCAUGGGGACCCGAACCCUUCGCAAGAUCGAUCAGUAUAGAUCCAAAUCGGCUGGACCGAUCUUUGCCACUUCCUACGUUGCUUCCUCGAUCAAAGAGGAGAAGAACCUGGAAAAUAGCACCCGCGUAGCCAAGCGAUACACGUAUCGGGCCAGCUCUAGCAGUCCCGUCAGGAAAGCUAGUCCAAGUCCGGUUGCCUUUGGUAGAGGUAUCUCCAAGGAGAGAACCUUCGCCGAAGAGAAGAAACGCUUGGAGGGGAAGCUGCCGAAAGUUUGUGGCAAGGAAGUCACCGUCUCCACCAGCAUUCUCCGCAAUCCGGAACUCAAGUCACCGAACGAGGUGAAGAAAGCCCUUCGUAGUUCGUACCUUCCAUUGGUUAUCGAUAGACCUGAACGCUUCGCUACGACGUCCAGAGCUCUCCGCCGUAUUUCAUCCAACUUCAAAAGUGCAUCCAGCAUCUACUCUUCGAAGCAAAGUCUCAGCAAAGCCAGCACUUCCUCCGUUUGUGGAAAGCCCCAGGAAGACAAAGCCCUCAAAGUAACCGUUUCCGUAUCAUCUCGCGGUAAAGAACUGGUGCGUGCCUCCACCACUCAGAAACCCCAGAAGACCAAAGGCAAAAUUUCACCUACCAUAACCAUCAAGUCCAACAUUCAGAAGGUCACCAAAAGUCUAGGCCUCAAGUCCAAGACUCCAUCCACCCAAAGCCUGGCCCGUACCAACUCAACUUUCUCCAUCGAUUCCACCAACUCGAAGCGCAAGUCCCGUGCAUCGUUCAUCCCCACCAGCUUCACCUCAAAAAAGUCCAACCCCUCAAAUCCGACCACCCGCAAAGAACCCAACAAACCCUCCAGAAAAUCAAAGAGAAUCGAGAGCUACAGCGAGCGCAUCGUCCAGCAGAACGACCUCGUCCGGACGAAUUCUUUUUUCCAGAAUCUAUUCCUGAGGAAAUCCUCACCGGCUCCACCCGGGUGCAACUCCGGAGCCGAUCCACCUCAGACCUCGUCGGUCCGGGAGAAGGCUCGCUUGUGGAACAGCUUAUCGGCGAAAUCCGAACCCUCGUUGAAGCAACCGAACUACUAUCUCACCCAGGCGAAGCCCGUAUCGUUAUCGAAGUUCAAAACCAUGGAUACCAGAUACGGUGGAUGCCGUAGCGGUGAGAGUCCGACCAUGGAUGCCGCCACAACCGGUGAGGUCAUCGAACAGGUUCAGCGGUACGAGUCUUUGAUGCAGUUGACCGACGAGGAGGAAGAGUUCGGGUACUUGCGUGGACGCAGCAUGAAGAUAGACUACAGCUAUCACGAACGGAGCAAGAGUGAACCACCGGUACAGACUUUGAUCGCUGAAGUGGUCCAACCGGAUGCUCCCAGAACCAUUUUGGGACGCAAGUCAGUUGAAUAUUCGCAAACAACCAAGCGCUCGUCUCGUUCCCCAUCCUGUAGACGCAUUCAGCACCUAAAAGGGGAAGGACACGUCAAGAAGAUCGUACGCGCACGUAGUCUGAGUACUACGGAUCGCAGUGCGAAUCAGUGCUCGGAUGAGUUGAUUCGAAGCCACUCUAUGAACCUGGGCAGCUACGAGAAGCAUGGUCCAAUUUGUCGUCAUAGACGAUCGGAUCGGUUUCAGGAUUUGAAUGACUUCUACUGCAGUUUGGAGCGAUUGGGUCAGCUCGAAAAGGUGACUUCGUCGACGGAUUUGCGUCCACGACGUAAGGACGAGGAGAUUAUUGACUUUGAUUUGUGGAGAAAGGUUCGCGAUCAGGAAAAGGUGGAACGAGAGUUGAACCAACUGCUGUACCGGUUGAAACAGGAUCAGAGGGACAAGGAUCUGAUGUUUUUGGCACACGAUCCGGAUGAUAUCCGUUGGAAGUAUGAUUUAGAUACGGGGUUGAGGAACAAAGAGAAGUCCGUGGAGGAUUUAAAGGGCCAGUUGAGCAAGAAGGUGUUGCAUUUCGAAGAGUUUACCAAGAGGGAGUUGGAUACGAAGAAGGAUCACUACAAACCACUGUGGAGGGGAUCAUCGGUGGUGGAUGUUGCUUCGCAGAUGGCGGAAAAGUACAGCGGAUCGGUAUCGCUGGAAGCGGACAAGCGAUAUGGUAUUAGUAACAAUCUCUUGAGUACGCUUUCGAGCGAUCAAAUGAAGAAGUUGAAGAGUCAACUGACUGAGAUCUACUGCAACAAAGAAGAAUUAAAGGCGGUGGCUAAAGAGGAGUACGUGAUUCACGUCCCGGAAGAGAGGAGCAAGUCGGCUUCCAGUACGCUGAAAGUGCGGAGCAACUCAGUGCUGACUAAGGAUCAGGUUAACGAGGCACAGUUCAAGCCAAGGCUUGAGAAGGAAAGUAAAGUCGCUGCGAUCCAGAAGACAUUCGAACAGAAAAACAGGCAGGAAGCUCUGUGUCAGGAGCUGAAGAGUAAGAUCUUGGAAAAGCAUGCCAGCCAUACACUGCCAACUAUGAAGAAGAAGGAACGACCGUCCAUCCUUCCACAAAAGGAAGAAUAUUUUUCGCUGCAAACGGACUACCGAAUGAUGCAAGGUGGACUGAAGUUUGAGGAAGCUAGAGAAGAAGUCGUUAUGCGGAAGGCGAGACCGCUGGACAGAGAAAGACCGCAUUCGUAUUGCGAAACCGAGAGUGUUUCUUCGGAAACGAGCAACAGGACGGUGAUUUUCAGGAAUACAUCUGACGACGUCAAAAGUAAGAUCAAGUACUUUGAGGAGAGGCGCCAAGAAGAUGAGCCUGCCGUAACGGUUUACCAUGCUAGGGAAUCAUCGACGGAUGAGGACGACAAUGCUAAGGUGUCCGAGGAACGAACCAUAGAGGUCAAGACAUCCCAGGGUGUGUCACCGCUGUUGAACUCCCAGUCCUAUACAGAUUUGAAGGAUCUGUUCGGUGAGAAGCCUUCGAUGACCUAUUCGUACAGCUAUCAGGAAGGCAAACGGUCUCCAAAAAACUUCACAUUUCGUUCGCGUAGCUCAACUCCAGAGUACGCGACGUGCAUACAAACUGGAGAAGUGAAGAAGAUUAAGGACCAAUUCGAGAGUUUGGAUGCAAAUAUGUGGAAGCAACCAUCAAGAGACACCAGUCCUCGGCAGUACCAGAGCGAUUCCGAGUUGAACCGCCCAUUUGGAGAGAGGGAAAGUGCUAAGGCCAGCAGGAGAAUCACAGUCAGACAGCACGAAACCGGGGAUGUAACGAGGAUGACUCACAAAUACGAAGUACAGUCGCGAGCGCGUAGCCGGAAGAGGAAGGAACGGGCUCAUUCGCCGAUUCCAAAAAACCCGCUACGCAGGGAUGACCGCUUCAUGCCGCACAUCAACGUCAUCAGCAAGACGGCAUCCCUGAAGCGGGAGAUCAAGAGCGCUCGUUCCCCGCAGAGGGAGCGAUCAACGAGCGGCGGUUGCAGCGGAGGUCGUGGAGAGGUCGAGAAGAUCAAGAGUAAGUUUGAAACGGUGGAGAACCUGUCGAUAUUGGGUAAGAUGUACACUUCUGUUCCGGACAUUCGCGAGCUUAAAGAUAUCUCCAACUACCUUUCCGGUCCCUGGGUAGCGCACCAGUAUCCCAAGCCCGCGGACAAUGCACGCUCGAUCACUGCACCAGACCAGUCGCCCCAGGGGCAGAAGCCUGGCCGUCGUCACCGCCGCCGAAGUGACAAGCUUCGAUCCUGUUCCACCUCACCGCCACGACACAAGGACAAACAGGACGGGACCGCUUUUCUGAAACAGUUCUACGACAUCUUCGCCGACCAGAAGUUCGACCCGAGCAUUCAUCGGCCGAAGUAUCGCUACGUCCCGGACCGGCAGCUGAACGCAGAAUAUCUCUGGAAGAAGAUUCAGACGAUGACUGGCGGCGGCGGUAGCGGAGGUGGUUGCACUGCCAAGGCUUCCGUCACCUUCGAAGAAUUUAGUAACGUGCCUCCAGCGCCUCCCAUGAAAGGAACGCCACUGCCCAACUCCUCCUCCCCGUACUCGAAGAGCUCGAACGAACCAGAGUUUCCCCGUCGCUACAUCGAGAGCGAUGUCAACAUCCACUACAAGACGCCGAUCCGGUACGAGUACAAGGAAGCCAUCCCGGACGAUGAACUGGCUUACCGGCAGGCGGAGCACAUGCGCCGCGUCUACCAGGAGGAACGGCGCCGCAAGUACAUGCACGAACUGGAGGACCUGCACAACCGACGGCACACGGACAAUUUCACACCUUCGCAAAAGUCACCGAUCCCGCUGAAUCGCUACGAAGACUUCGAAGCGGACCUUUCGCCAAAGCCGGUGGCACCCAGCGUGCUGCCUCGGACCAUCGCCCGGGCACUGUACAACUUCCAGGGCCAAUCGGCGAGAGAGCUAACCUUCAAGAAGGGUGACAUCAUCUACCUGCGGAGACAAAUCGACAAGAAUUGGUACGAAGGCGAACACAACGCCAUGAUUGGACUCUUGCCAGCCAACUACAUUGAAAUCCUCCCACGGGAAGGUGCCAAACCCCUGCCGAAGAAGCCCCAACGGGAAGGGAAAGCUCGAGCAAAGUUCAACUUUACCGCACAAACUUCGGUUGAGCUGUCGCUACUGAAAGGUGAACUGGUCACGCUGACUCGACGAGUCGAUGACAACUGGUUCGAGGGAAGGAUCGGCAAUAAGAAGGGCAUCUUUCCCGUUUCCUACGUUGAGGUUCUGACCGAUAUUGGCGGCGAGGAGAGCUACGAAAUCGAACCAAUCGUGAAACCGAGCCUGCAGACGAUACAAUCGCACACGCUGACGACCGGGUUCGACAGUUCGUUGACCAACGGAAGGGUAUCGCCGGGAAUCAUCCGCGAAACGAAGACGGUGCAAAAGACGGAAGUGCUGCACGUCGACACCACCAAUGAGCCGAUUUCCUACCGGGCCCUCUACAACUACAAGCCACAGAACUCCGACGAGUUGGAACUGCUCGAGGGAGACGUCGUGUACGUGUUGGAAAAGUGCGACGACGGUUGGUACGUGGGCACUUCGGCUCGAACCGGCUGCUUCGGAACCUUCCCGGGAAACUACGUCAAGAAGUUAUGAGACAAACCUAUCCUAGCAGUCGGAAAGCAACAACCACCGCCGCCAUCCACCGUGGGUCAUCGUCAGCAGCAGCAGCAGCAUCAUCAUCAUCGUGUUAAUCCGCCUUCCGGACCAUCGUCGCCGUCGUUGUCGUCGGCCCAACAACCGAGAAGAACCGGUCGACCAACGUCGGAUCCGCCGAACACCACGUCGAAACGCAAGGUUGAAUUCCUUGGCGUUUUCUAGAAUGCCUUAGCUAUGCGUUAACAGUACAACAAAAACAUCAGCAAAACAACACAACAGCAAAAAAAAAGUGGAAGGAAACUCUACAAAUGUUUAACCAAAAAAUAAUUUUAGAACAGCAGUAGAAUCGCAGGAGGCCUUGCCAAUCGGUGUGAGCGAAAAACGGAGACCGUCACACGUAGCCUUCUGCGUUGUAUAAUGUUAAAUGUGGUGAUAGCCAAACCAAAAAAAAAACAAACAAAAAAAAAACAAAUGACCGUUGAUAGAAUGUGAAAGAGUAACAAGAGUAAUUGUUUCCUAGUCAUUAUCCUUCCAAAACAUGUAUGUAAACAAAUGGAAAUACACAAUUAACAACAAUAACAACAAUAACAACAACAUACUGCUUGCUAGAACAAUGUUGUUCAAAACAAAAACAAGUAAUAUUUUAAGCGUUGCGUUACAUGCAAGUAUACAACUAGAGUUACACACCUAACCUAACAACCACAAUCAAUAAGCGUAGAAAAAGAUAUUCGAGCCCCGUACUAAACAAUAGAAAGCGCGACACCCGAUAUGUCACCCCGAGUUUCGUCUUUGAUAAUUUUAUUUACCAUUGAAACAUUGUUUAUAUUUUCUUCUUUUUAUCUUAAGCUAAUUGUUUACGUGUUGCUAUUAUUCAUAUUUUAUUUUGUAGCGUUAGUCCAGUACACAGAAAGAUGUUCUUAAUUUAAUGCGUUACUAUAUUGAGUAAACAAAACAUCACAGCAGCAACAAGAAUCUAAUCGUAUUAGAACUGUCAACGUUUCCGAAUGAAAGGCACCCAACUAAAUCGAAGCAAUCCACUAAAUUGCCUUUUUUAAUCAGUGUAGAAGUUAACAUAUUUUUCGGCUAGAUUUUAGAAAAUGUGCCUUUUUGGAUUUCUUUCUCCCUAUAGAAAGUACUAGCAGUGAUAGCAAAAUUGUUACCUAUUGGUUGUUACUCUCAUUCAGUGUCUUUCGGGAAAUUGAACGGAAACUUUAAGCAGUGUAAGAUUUCAAAACAUAAAACAUAAACGGUGUACCAUCAAAAUACGCUGAAAGCAGAGCAAAACAAAAAUGUAAACUAUGAAAAAUCGAUAGGAAACAGCUAAAGUACCAAAACAAUGCCGAAAACGAAGUGCAAAAUUGCCUCAAUGCGAAAGUGAAAGGUGCCUAACAUAAACACACACACACACACUCACUCUCACACACACAGAAGUAGAAGACUCUCGCAAAACAAAACCGUCGAAAAAAUGACCGACACCCUCGUUGGCGCGUGCGAGUCUUGCUAGAAAGGAAAUAAACGAUACAAAGCCCCCGCAAAUCUCUGAUCGAUCAUUUUUUUCACGCGUUUUUUUCUUUCUUUCUCUCUUGUUUGGACGCCGAAACCUUUUGCCGUGGUUUCGGACUUUAAUCAAGUUACGCAACAUCCACAGCUAAUCUUUCCUAUACCGACCGGUUAAUUCGAUAUCUGGUAUUUUUAUUUAUUUGAACUUUUAUUCCCAUCGAUCUAUCAUACGUGCGGCUAAGAGAAGAGGAACUUAAACAUAACCACAAUAACUUUUUUUUUUGUUUGCCGCGAAAAGGUUAAAACACUUGUCUAACUUGGCGAGGAAUGCCAACUACCCGGUAGUAGCAUCUAUGCAUACUCUUGGCACGUUUAGGGGCAGGAUACAUAAUGUUCUCACGUAACAUGCGUUUACACUACUUAUCAAACGUACAUACAUACGGAUAGACACACAUACACACGGACACGGUCACAUACAUACACAUACACACACCAAUACUUACACGGCAGUUAUAGUUUUUUCUCUGUUUUCGUAGAAAAGUCGAACCACUUACACACACUAUGAUUCUGUUGAUGAAAUAUAUACAAAAGUAAAACAAA